UUCUCCAUUUUCUUCUUGUGGUUAGGGGUUUCCACCUUCCUCUGUUUUCGCUGUCUGAGGUUCUCUGCUUGCUUUACUUCUUCCCUCUACAAUGGCGGACUCGCAUUCCACUGCACUUCAACCUCCUGUUGCUUCAUCUUCCUCUUCUUCUACGGCCAUUAGGGAUGCUUCUGGAGCUACUCCGUCGACUUCAGGAUCUUCACGAGUACGCCGCCAAGAGGAAAGACGAAGUCAUCGUCCUCAAUCUCAACCCCCUGGCCUAGACCAGCAGAAUGUGAGCGUCGUCGAUUGGACAUAUCAAAAUGCGUCUUCAAUAGCUAGGGAUGAUUCUUGGUCCUGCGUCGUUGUUCUUUUCACCUUUUGGUUCUUUGUGUCGAUGACUAUGAUACUUGGAGUUUACGGGUCAAUGAACCUCCUGCUUAGUCCAAGCGCUUCCAUUCUUCUCCAACCUAGCCCCAUAUUCGUGCAAUACAUAAAGGUAGAAAACUUAGGGUCAAAGCCUGGAGUCAUGCUUUAUGGUACAUACGGAACCCCCGCUCUUGAUGUUUUUACUUUUUGGACAGAAACUCGUAACGUAACCGUUCAACCUGAUGUGCAUAAGGAAUGGAAAUAUUACCUGAAUGAAGGGUCUCAAGUAAAUAUUUCAUAUCGCAUGAGCUCUGAGAGCCCUUCUAUUGUUCUCGUGAUUGCAGAAGGGGGUGAAGGCCUCUCUCGGUGGCUGGAGGAUCCAUCAUAUCCUAAUAGCACACUCUCAUGGAACUUACUCGAUGGAACUGGUAUGAUUACACAGGACAUAUUCAGUUCAUCGGACUAUUAUUUGGCACUAGGAAAUCUGGAUGAGGAGGAGAGAGCGGAGGUGGAACUGAUCAUCAGAGUGAGGUCUGCCAUGUAUAAUACAACAGAUGCUUACUACAAAUGUACUUUGACUAGUGACCCAUGCGGUUUGAGUGUUUUCUUUCCUGAUGGGAAUGCAGCUGUCUUAACAUCUCCUGCACCUCAACAGAAUACAUCCGGUAAUCAGUGGUAUGUCAAAUUGUCCUAUGGACCAAGAUGGGUCACAUAUAUUUUUGGCAUGGGUGGAUUGACUUUGCUUAUGUUUUUGGCCUUCAACUACUUUAGCAAGCUGCACUAUUCUCAAGAUAGCGCAGGAGUUAGAUAUGAGGGAACAGCACCUCAAAGAGCCCCUUUGCUUUCUCCCAAAGAUGAUGAUCUUUCCAGCUGGGGUUCAUCAUAUGAAUCCAUGUCACAAGACGAGGAGGAUCUUGACUUUCUUACAGGGGAUUCCAUUAAUGGGAAGUCUAUAGCUGAUGGUGAAACCAGUAAUAAUACAAGGCGCCUUUGUGCAAUAUGCUUUGAUGCUCCAAGGGACUGCUUCUUCCUUCCUUGUGGACACUGCGUGGCUUGCUUUGAAUGUGCAACAAGAUUAGCAGAGGCAGAGGGUACUUGCCCGGUAUGCCGUAGGAACAUGAAGAAGGUGAGGAAGAUAUUUACUGUUUAAGCAUGGGAUGCAAUGCAGUGUCUUGUGGCACAGACAAGGGAAAAAAAAGAAGAAAGAAUAGCCAGACCAGAACCAUAGAUUUAGUUGGCAUCUAAGCCACUAUUUUCCUGGAAAUCAUUAGCAAUAAUUAGGCUAUUGGUUAUGGUGACGGGAGUCAUCGUAUUGAUUGGCCGUUUGCGGGGGAAAAUGAAAAGGUGCAACGUGUGUCUCAGGUACAUAACGAGAUUGCUGUGAGCAUGCGCUUGCUCAGAUGGGAUACAGAGGCUUUUUAUGUGGAUUUUUUUGCCUUUCCCUUUCAGGAAAGGCCCAAAGAGGAGUGCAAAUUGCCUAAUUUUUUCUCACUAUUAUACAACCUCGGAUCCUAUUCGUAUAGUUCAAGAAAUGAAAUUUUUUUAAUUUAUAAAAAAAAA